AUGUAACCACCAGUAUUCGAUAAUCAAUUAGAUCCAGAAGAAAUGGAAGCUUGGCUUGCAGAAGUUGAAUUAGUACAUGAGAAAAUAAAGAAAUUGUCAAGUGAAUAGGUAUUGAGAUAAUGGAAUAUUUAAAGGCAAAUGUAAAUGAUGAUGAUGAAGAGAUAAUUAAGAUAAGAUAAAAACGAUUAGAAUAAGAGAAAAAGAAAGAAGAUGCUAAAAAAUAAUUAUAGAUUUAGAAAGAGGAAGAAAUAAGAAAAGGGAGAAAAGGAAAAGGAUAAAAUAAAGAUUAUGCUAGUUUUUGCAAAUAUUGCCAUUUAGAGUAUGUUAAAUAAACAGAUUAAUGCUAUUGGUGUAAAAGAGAGACUUUGACAUAGGAAUGUAAAAUUGAUAGAAUAAUCUAGAACGUUACAAUUAAUUAUUAGAGAAGGUUGAGAAAUAUAAAGAAGACAAGAAUAGAAAGCAAUAGAAGAAAUAGAAAUUUGAGUUAAUGGAGAAAACAGAGAAAAUCUUAUGGAAAAAGAGUACAUUUACACAUAAGAAAUGGGAAUAUUAUACAAGUUCAGAAGAAGAAAUUGAAUCUGAACCAAUAGUUCCUAAAGAUGAUCCAAAUUUCAAAGCCUUAGAAUUAGAUAUGGAAUAGAGAAAGAAAAAGAAAGAGGAGGAUAUGAAAAAGGCAGAAGAAUUAAAAAACAAAGGAAAUGAAUAUUAUAGUAAAGGUGAUUAUGAUCAUGCAGCUUGGAAAUACUCUUAAGCUCUUGAAUUAGUAAAAGAUAAUAAAACUUUGUGGUUGAAUAGAGCAAUUACAUACAUAAAAUCAAAUAAAAAUAAAAAGGCUAUCAAUGAUUGCACAAAAGUCAUAGAAUAUGCUGAAUGUUUUGAGAAUGGUUAUACUUAGAGUAGAGACAGUUGCUGCAAAGCAUUUGCUAGAAGAGCAUUGGCAUAUUAUAAUAGAGAUCGUUUAUUAGAAGCACUUAAUGAUAUUAAUCAAGCCUUAGAACUUAUACCAGAUGAUAAAUGGGUUUAAAAUCUUAAAAAAGAAAUAGAAGCUAAAAUAGAUCAUUAUUAAAGAUUAAAGCAAAAUGAAAAAGAGGAGAAGGAUGAAGAAGAACCAAAAUAAGAUAAUCAAGAUUAAUAAGAAAAUAGUAUAUAGUAAUAAUAAUAAUCUAGAUAAUGUAAAAGAUAAAAAAAAUUUCAUGGAUGAUAAUCUCACUUACAAAUAAUUAAUUGAUAAAUUUGUUGGAGAGGAGGAAAUUGAACUCUUAUAAUUAUUUAAAGUGUUAAAGGUUGAUUCAAACGAAGCCACAGCUUAUUUUUAUGAGAAAAAUGGAUUGAAAUAAUUAUUGAAAAUUAUAUCAAAGAAUGAUGAGAAAUUGCACGAUAUAUAAAAUGUAAAUAUUAAUAUUAAUAGUAGAUUUUGGCAAGUUUACCUGCUUUGAUUUUAUAAGUUUAUUAAGAUAAAAGUUUGUUGUAUUAGGAAUAAUUUUUAAUUUAAUAUAAUGGAAUUGAAGUUAUUUAUGAAAAAAUUAAGUAAUUAUUGAAACGAGUUGAAAAUAAAUCUUAAUCUGCUAUUUAUGAUACAAUAUCAGAUUAUUUAGAUGUUUUAAAUGUGAUGGAUGAAGAUAAACCAAGAUCUAUAAUACAACAGCAUGAAAUUAUCAGAACUAAGUUAUAUCCUGAAUUAUUUUAAAGAAUUAUUUCUUUAUAUAAAACAGAAAAAGAUGUUGUUGCUACUUUUUUAAGUUUCUGCAGUAAUUUAUGCUAUGGGUAGAGUACACCAUUAAAAAAUGUGCUUUUUGCAAAUAUAUAAGAAAUUAUUGUUAAAUUUGUAGAAAUAUUCGAAAAAGCAGAAAUUAAAUAAGCAAAUAUUAGAAUGAUGAAUUAAUUAUGCAAUUUGUUGUCAAAUCUGUUAACUGAAGAGAAAUAUAGGUUUUACUUUUUAUCAAAAGAAUUAAAUCCAAAUUUUUUUAAGGUUUAUCUUAAAUUUAUCAAAGCUAUAUAAUUUAAAGAUAAUGAAUAUAAUUCAUUAAAAUAAAAUGGAAUUGCUGUUUUGGUUAAUUUGACAUUUUAAAUCAAUUAAGUGUAAUCAGAAUAUGUUAGUAAAAUUAAUCUAUUGAUUCCUACUUUAAUUGAAUAUUUAGAGACUUAAUAAGAUGGUUUAGUGUUAGAAAGAGUCUUAACAGUAUUAUCUAAAGUUAAUUACGAAGAAAAUAUAUUUAUUAUAACAAAAUUUAUAAAAUAAUACAGUAAUUAAUCAAUUAGAUGUUUACUUCAAUGGCUAUCAAAUAAAUCUCCUUUAGUGGUUGAUCAAUUAAAAUAAAAGUAAACAUUUUUAUAUGAAUUAUUGGAAUAAUUGAAAUAAUAAUUGCAAAGUGAUAAUGAAAUAAUAUAUUGUAAUUGCUGUAAUGUAAUUGGUUAUAUAAUUGAUUUAUUAUCACCAAUUAAUGGUGAGAAGAAUGCCUGUUCAUUUUUUAAUUAGAUGAUUCCUAGAUUGUUAGGUUUUGUGAAAGAUAGAACUGGCAAUUUUAGAAAAAAUUCUGCAAUUCUUUUGGCAAAAUUAACAAAAGAUUAGAGCAAUUUACAAAAACUAAGAGAUCUACAUGGAAUUGAAAUUUUAUAAUCAGUGAUGGGUAAAUUGUGA